AUGGUAAAAGAUACUAAACUUUAUGAUAUUCUUGAAGUUAGUCCAAGUGCUACAGAGUCUGAAAUAAAAAAAGCUUAUAGAAAGCUUGCUCUUAAAUAUCAUCCAGAUAAGAAUCCAAAUGCUGGUGAUAAAUUUAAAGAAAUUGGGCACGCUUUUGAGAUUUUAUCAGACAGUCAAAAACGUGAUGUUUAUGAUAGAUAUGGUGAAGAAGGUUUAUCAGGUGAAGGUGGUAUGGGAAUGUCAGCUGAAGAUUUAUUCACUAGUUUCUUUGGCGGCGGUAUGUUUGGCGGUGGUAGGUCUGGUGGACGGCAAUCAGGGCCUAGAAAAGGAAAAACUAUGAAACAUAUUUUAAAGGUUUCUCUUGAAGAUUUGUAUUCGGGAAAAGAAUCAAGAUUAGCAUUAAGCAAAAAUGUUAUAUGUUCUAAAUGUGAAGGAAAAGGCGGCAAAGAAGGUGCUGUUAAAAGCUGUCCAACAUGUGAUGGUACAGGUGUUAAGGUUACCUUGAGAACUUUAGGCCCAAUGGGAAUGAAGAAUGGUCAAGAAAUUACAUUCGCUGGUAAAGCUGAUCAGGCUCCUAAUACUGAACCUGGCGAUGUUGUAAUCAUACUGGAAGAAAAACCUCACGAUCGUUUUACAAGAAGAGGUGAUGACUUAUUUUACACCGCAAAGAUUGAAUUAUUAACCGCCUUAGCAGGUGGUCAAUUUACUAUUAAACAUCUUGACGAAAGAUUUCUUUUGGUUACAAUUCACCCUGGCGAAGUAGUUAAACCUGGUGAAUUAAAAUCAAUUCCAGGUCAAGGUAUGCCUUCACAUCGUCACCAUAACUAUGGCUCUUUAUUUGUUAAAUUUGAUAUCGAAUUUCCACCACCACAUUGGACCGAUGAUGCAAACAUUUUAAAACUCGAAAAAAUCUUACCACCAAGACGACAAAUUGAAUCAUCAGAUGAAGUAAGAGAUGAGGUAACAUUAACAAGUUUGGAUGACAUUCAACAACAAACAGCAGAAAAUCAUAUGACUAAUGGUAUACAAGAUGAGGAUGAAGAAGGUCAUGGACCAAAUGUUCAAUGUGCUCAACAAUAA